GUCCCUCUGCCUAAAGUUGUCUGAGCUUCAACCUUUUGUUCUGGGAGAGCGCAGGACCAUACAGACCCCUGAUAAGCGCUGCUGUUGGGUAAGGAGCCCAAACGACCUGAAGGCGGGUGCUUGCACAAGGGGCAGCCGGGGCCUCGCAGAGCCGUCGGGGCGGGGCCGGGCCGUCGGGGCUGGGCAGCAGGGAGGCGGGGCUGUCGCGAAGGGACGCCGAGCCUCGGACAGCGCGCCAGGCACCGGGGAGCGGACGGCUGCAGCAGCGAGGACCUGGACAUCGCCGUGUGGCUGGCUGUGGUACACCUGGAGCAGUAUGCAGACACGUUCCGGCGGCAUGGCCUAGCUACAGCUGGUGCAGCCCAACACCUGGGCCACGAAGAGCUGAAGCAUUUGGGCAUCAGUGCUACUGGACAUCGGAAACGUAUCCUGCGCCUGCUGAGGGCGGGUUCUGCAGAAGAUUCCCUGGAUCCCCCAUUGGAUAGUACCAUGGAGCCAUCCCCAAGCCCAGCCUCUCAAACCCAGCCCCCUAAGCCUGUGCCCAAGCCCAGGACUGUGUUUGGGCUCAGUGGCCCUGCCACUGCCCAGAGGACUGGACUGAGCCCAACCUGGGGACCAGAAGUAUCCAGGAACUCAGAGUCUAGCCCAAGGUCCUCUUCUCUUCUUGCCUCCCCCUCUGAGCAGCCUUCAGCCCUGAAUACCAUGGAGAUGAUGCCCAGUGCCAUCUACUUCGGCCUGAACUUAAGAGGCGAGGCUCAGGCAGCUCAGGACAUGGCUCCAGACAGCUCCCAGACAGCUGCUCCAACCCCUGCCUUCAGGCCUACAACAGGCACAGUGCACAUCAUGGAUCCUGGUUGUCUGUACUAUGGUGUCCAGCCUGUGGGGGUUUCAGGAGUCCCUGAUAGAAGAGAAGGCAGAGGUGUCUGUCAGGAAAGGGCUGAGCAAAGGCAGGAUCUGGAGGCACGGGAAGACGCUGGCUAUGCCAGUCUCGAGUUACCUGGGGACUCCAUCCUUUCACUGCCCACCCAGGACACAGAGGAAACCAAUGAUGACCUCAUUUCACCCUAUGCCAGCUUCUCCUCCACAGCAGACCGCCCCAUACCCCUGCUUAGCGGCUGGCUGGACAAGCUCUCACCUCAAGGAAAUUAUGUCUUUCAGAGACGCUUUGUGCAGUUCAAUGGAAGGAAUCUGAUGUACUUUGGCAGUGACAAGGACCCCUUCCCCAAGGGUGUGAUCCCUCUGACUGCCAUUGAGAUGACCCGCAGCAGCAAGGACAACAAAUUCCAGGUUAUUACUGGCCAGAGGGUGUUCGUGUUCCGCACAGAGAGCGAAGCUCAGCGGGACAUAUGGUGCUCCACACUGCAAUCCUGCCUGAAGGAGCAGCGCCUCCUGGGCCACCCCCGACCCCCACACCCACCACGACCUCUCCGCACUGGCAUGCUGGAGCUGCGUGGACAUAAAGCCAAGGUGUUUGCUGCCUUGAGCCCUGGAGAACUGGCUUUGUACAAGAGUGAGCAAGCCUUCUCUUUGGGUAUUGGGAUCUGCUUCAUUGAACUACAAGGCUGCAGCGUGCGGGAGACCAAGAGUCGAAGCUUUGACCUGCUCACACCCCAUCGAUGCUUCAGCUUCACAGCCGAGUCUGGGGGUGCUCGGCAGAGCUGGGCAGCUGCUCUGCAAGAAGCAGUAACUGAGACUCUGUCUGACUAUGAAGUGGCUGAGAAGGUCUGGUCAAAUCGGGCAAACCGGCGUUGUGCAGACUGCGGGGUCUCUCGCCCAGACUGGGCUGCUGUCAACCUUGGGGUGGUCAUCUGCAAGCAAUGUGCAGGUCAGCACCGGGCUCUGGGCUCUGGGAUCUCCAAGGUGCAGAGUCUGAAGCUGGACACGAGUGUCUGGAGUAAUGAGAUUGUGCAGUUGUUUAUUGUCCUGGGAAAUGAUCGUGCCAACCGCUUCUGGGCAGGUGCACUACCCCCAGGUGAGGGGUUGCAUCCAGAUUCUGCCCCUGGCCCCCGGGGAGAGUUCAUCUCCCGAAAGUAUAAGCUGGGUCUCUUCCGGAAACCCCACCCUCAGCAUCCAGAUCAUAGCCAGCUUCUACAGGCACUGUGUACAGCUAUGGCGGGUCCCAACCUGCUGAAGAACAUGACCCAGAUCCUCUGUGUUGAAGCCUCUGAGGGAGAGGAGCCCUGGUCUCCCUCAGCCCUCAAUGGCAGCUUGCUUAGCCUUCUACCACCAGACUCUUCCCCUGGUGUAUACAAUGAGGUGGUAGUGCCUGCCACUUAUAGCAGCUUCCUAUACUGUGGUCCCAUCAGCACCAAGGCUGGAGCUGCACCCCUUCGAAAGGGCCGGGAUGCUCCUCCCCGCCUGUGGUGUGUGCUGGGAGCUGCUCUGGAAAUGUUUGCAUCAGAGAGCAGCUCUGAACCUCUCAGCCUCAUCCAGCCCCAGGAUGUUGUAUGUCUGGGUGUAAGCCCCCCACCUGCUGACCCAGGUGACCUCGACAGGUUCCCUUUUUCCUUCGAGCUCAUCCUCACUGGGGGCAGGAUCCAGCAUUUUGGCGCAGAUGGAGCAGACAGUCUGGAGGCCUGGAUCAGUGCAGUGGGCAAGUGGUUCUCCCCGCUCAGCUGUCACCAGCUGCUGGGCCCUGGGCUGCUGCGGAUGGGUCGCCUGUGGCUGCGGUCCCCCUCCCAUGCAGCCCUGGAUCCUGGCCUCUGGCUGUCAGGGUUUGGCCUCCUUCGUGGUGACCACCUCUUCCUGUGUCCAGCACCCAGCCCUGGCCCACCAGCCCCUGAGGACAUGGUGCAUUUACGGCGUCUACAGGAGAUCAGUGUGGUCUCUGCAGCUGACACCCCAGAUAAAAAGGAGCAUUUGGUCCUGGUAGAGACAGGAAGGACCCUGUAUUUGCAGGGGGAAGGCCGGCUAGACUUUGCAGCAUGGAAUUCAGCCAUUGGGGGUGCUGCUGGAGGGGGUGGCACAGGGCUGCAAGAGCAGCAGAUGAGCCGGGGCAAUAUCCCUAUCAUUGUGGACGCCUGCAUCAGUUUUGUCACGCAGCAUGGGCUUCAGCUAGAAGGUGUAUAUCGGAAAGGGGGUGCUCGGGCCCGCAGCCUGAGACUCCUGGCUGAGUUCCGGCGGGAUGCCCGGUCAGUGAAGCUCAGACCAAGGGAACACUUUGUGGAAGAUGUCACUGACACACUCAAGCGCUUCUUUCGAGAGCUUGAUGACCCUGUGACCUCAGCUCGGUUGCUGCCUCGCUGGAGGGAGGCUGCAGAGCUUCCGCAGAAGAAUCAGCGCCUGGAGAAAUACAAAGAAGUGAUUGGUUGCCUGCCUCGAAUUAACCAACGUACACUGGCCGCACUCAUUGGGCAUCUCUAUCGGGUACAGAAGUGUGCAUCCCUAAACCAGAUGUGUACACGGAACCUGGCCCUGCUGUUUGCACCUAGUGUGUUCCAGACGGAUGGGCGGGGAGAGCAUGAGGUGCGGGUGCUGCAGGAGCUCAUCGAUGGCUACAUCUCUGUCUUUGAUAUUGACUCUGACCAGGCAGCUCAGAUUGACUUGGAAGUCAGUCUCAUCACCACCUGGAAGGAUGUGCAGCUGUCCCAGGCUGGAGACCUUAUCAUGGAGGUUUAUAUAGAGCAGCAACACCCAGACAACUGUGUUACCCUGAAGGUGUCCCCAACACUAACUGCUGAGGAACUGACUAACCAGGUAUUGGAAAUUCGAGGGACAGUAGCAGGAACAGACUUAUGGAUGACGUUUGAAAUUCUUGAGCAUGGAGAGCUUGAGAGGCCACUGCACCCCAAGGAAAAGGUCCUAGAGCAGGCCUUGCAAUGGUGCCAGCUUCCUGAGCCCUGCUCAGCCUCUCUGCUUCUGAGAAAAGUCUCCCUGGCACAAGCUGGCUGCCUUUUCACAGGAGUUCGUCGUGAGAGCCCACGGGUGGGGCUGUUGAGGUGUCGUGAGGAACCAUCUCGCUUGUUGGGAAGCCGCUUCCAGGAGAAGUUCUUUUUGGUGCGUGGCCGCUGCCUCCUGCUGCUUAAGGAGAAGAAGAGUGCUAAACCAGAACGAGAGUGGUCUCUGGAAGGUGCUAAGGUCUACCUGGGAAUUCGAAAGAAGUUAAAACCUCCAACACUAUGGGGCUUUACUUUGAUAUUGGAGAAGAUGCACCUCUACUUGUCCUGCACUGACGAAGAUGAGAUGUGGGAUUGGACCACCAGUAUCCUUAAAGCCCAGCAUGAUGACCAACAGUCUGUCGUCUUACGUUGCCGUUCCUCCUCUGAUCUUGCCCAUCAGAAGUUUGGCACUAUGCCCUUGCUGCCCAUCCGUGGGGAUGAUAGUGGAGCCACUCUCCUUUCUGCCAAUCAGACCCUGCGGCGACUACACAACCGGAGGACACUGUCCAUGUUCUUUCCAAUGAAGUCAUCCCAGGGGUCUGUGGAAGAACAGGAUGAAGUAGAGGAGCCUGUGUAUGAAGAGCCGGUAUAUGAGGAGGUCGGGGCCUUCCCUGAGCUUACCAAGGGCACCUCAACCUCCUUCUCUACCACAUGGGAGUGGACAACCAAGCCGGAGAUACCCCUUACCAAUCAGAGGUCCUCAGAUCAACCCCCACUCUCCAAAGCAAGCACACCAGGUCAAGAGGAGAGGAUACCUGACCUUCCUCCAGGCCCCCCUUCAAAAAGCAGUCCUCAGGCUCGGGGGUCCCUGGAGGAACAGCUGCUUCAGGAGCUCAACAACCUCAUCUUGAGGAAGGGAGAGCCUACCUCAUGUCCAGGAAGCCCUUCUCAGCCCUCUAGCCCCCAGCCCCCCAGCCCCACCAGCCUUCCAACACAGAAAACCAUUUUCCCCACGCAACCUCCCUUUACUGCCAAUCCACCCUCCAGCCAGCCCCUCACAUGACCUCAGGGCCAGCAGCUGAGGGGGUAGGUAACCAGAGGAGGAGCCAGGCUCUCACCAUGGCAGACAGAGCUGGGAGCUUCUGUUCUGGAUGGAAGACUCCAGAACCCAGUAUGGUGGUAUAGAAUGGGCACUGGACUGAAGGCCCUGGAGGCUGUGUGUCUCGGGGAAGAUCAUGGCCCCUUUCUGGGUCCAGCCUGUUUAUCUGUACUAUGAAGUCAUUGAAAUAAGGAGAACAGUGAACACCAAACUCUUUCUCAGCUAUAAGCCCCAUAUAUUUUCCCUCAAUAAGGGCAGAUCCUGUUUUAUAUAUUUGACAGUGAGGAGUUCAGUGAGAGGUUUGGUGCAUAAGGAUGGUUUUAUUGCAUUAAAGAAAAAAAAAAAAGCAACUUUGGAAGCUAGAGGUGUGCAUGAUGUCCAAGUCUACCCUAUCCCACUUCCUACCCACUGGGACUACACUGAGGCUCUGGAGUCGGGUGAUUGAUUGGGGUUAGAAGCUGGGGCAAAGAAGAACCAGAAAAAGGAUAGGUCACUAUUAAUAAACCUUGGAACUAAAAGGCUACCAUUAUUUUAUUCAUUGAACAAAUGUGUAUUGUGCACCUAAUUGGUGCCAUGUCCAGUGACACAAUAUGAACAAAACAAAUGGGGUCCCUGUUCUUAUGGAGCCUCCACUGCAAGACAGAAACAGCACACACAUACACACAUGCAUACACACAUACACACACACACACACACACAUAAAUAAGAGGACAAGUUUAGUGCUACAAAGAAACUGCACCAAAUGACAGCUUGAGAAUGAAUGUGGACGUGGCCUUUAUCCUGAGUGGACGGAGAUGAAAACUCCCGAGGAGCAGGAACAAGGGCAAGGAGCUGGAGAGGGAAAUGCUGGGAGCAGGGUUUCUAGGAAGGGCAGGCAGCAGCAUGAGAGCUGUACAGUGGGAAGGGUCUUAGCCUGGUGGGGAGAUAGCGGCAGCUGGAGUGGACAGUGGGCAGUAGGAGUAAAGCAGGAUAGAAAAAGAAAACUGAGGGGAUAUGAGGAGAGAAACACUCCUCAUGGGGGCUUUUGGCUGAAGCCUUUGCCAGCAGCACAGCAAGAAUUCCAGCACAAUUAACUGUCUGAGGCCUUUCUCCCCUCCCAGCCACAAACCUGCAGUUUUCUAGGAACCUUACUAGAAACCUGACUUAUAAGGAUAGGCCAUGUACUAAGCUCCUAGUGGCUUCUGGUUUUACCUUAUCGUUGUGAUUCCAUUCAAAGCAUUUCCAGAUCCACCUUAUACAGCUCUCUUAUCAAAAGAAAGGUAGAAGGGAAAGAAAUAAUGUUUCUAAACCCUUUAAGAAGUAACCUGAGGGGCUGGAGAGAUGGCUCAGGGGUUAAGAGCACUGGCUGCUCUU